UUAAAAAUUUGUUUUUUAUUCAAAUCGGACAAUUAACUCUGCCGUAGAAACAAAUUUGACGUUUUUAAGAAAGUCUGACACCACUUUAACGGUAGAUUUUUUUAUACAAAUUUUAUAAACAUACUUAUUAUUUGACAUAUUUAUUUUUUUGAGAUUAAAUCUACUGUCGAUCAAAAGUUACGGGUAUUUUGGUAAUGUUUUUUUGUUAUAACUAUGGAAAAGGGCAAUUUUGAUCAGAAAAAUAUUUUAAUAAUUUUCAAAAAGUAUGAUUCAUUCUAAUAAUAACACAACUAAUUUGUGUCAUUAAACAUCCCUUUAGUUUUUUUUCUAAAUAUCAACCAUGAUCUAGAUUCUAUUUAAGAAAUUUCCCUGGCAGAGAAAACAUGAUCACUGAACUACACGAUUUUGUUAUUGCUGCUUCUUUCUGUUUAUAGGCUGCUGUUAAUAUCUGAAUUAAUGUUCUUGUUCUUUACAUGUCGUGUCAGAUUCUCUGAUUAGAUUUUACUUAGGCCAUUUCCAAUCUAACACUAAACUUUAUUUUAGUGUGGUUUUCACUUUUCACAAAGAGAGCUUAGCUUACGAUUAGAUUAUAUUAAAGAAUUUAUGUAAUAUAAAAAAGGUAAUUUAAAAAGAGUGAAUUUAAACACCAAAAUGGUGUUUAUUUAAUCUACGUACUAGAUUUCUAAUGAAUAUGUCUAACAAUUUUUCAUAAAUAGAUUUUUUAAAAAUUCUUCUCUUUUAAUAGUAUAGAUUUGAAAUUAAUUGAAAUUACAUUUUGUUAUGCUGAAUUUUUUUUUAACAAAAUUGUAUCUUCCAUUUUUACACUUCACUCUAAGGUGCGCUUUCAGUUUCAACACGAUAUAUAUAACCUUUGCUGAAGAGGAAGCACCUCAAACAUUGUCAAUCUCUUGCACUAGAAACUUCUUGGAAAGAUUCUGCGUCGAAGAAUACAAUAUGGACUCGAUGAAACACAACAGUUUCCUCUCUGCUGAUCUGUUGCCAUCUCUUGGAGCAAGCACAAACCAAUCAACCAAGCUUCGUAAACACAUAGUUUCUCCUUUCGAUCCACGUUUCAGGGCAUGGGAGAUGUGGCUAGUCAUUCUUGUGAUCUAUUCAGCUUGGAUUUGUCCUUUUGAGUUCGCCUUCAUCACCUACAAGAAACAUGCGCUUUUCAUUGUAGAUAACAUUGUCAAUGGUUUCUUUGCCAUUGAUAUCAUUCUUACCUUCUUCGUCGCUAAUGUAGACAGCCACUCUUAUAUUCUAGUCGAUAAUCCUAAAAAAAUAGCUAUGAGGUACCUUUCUACUUGGUUUGUCUUUGAUGUCUGCUCCACAGCUCCGUUUAAGUCAUUGAGUCUUCUGUUCAACUACAAGGGAAGCCAAAUAGGAUUCACAGUUCUUAGCAUGCUCAGGCUAUGGCGUCUCAGACGAGUUAGCUUACUGUUUGCAAGACUCGAGAAAGAUAUCCGCUUCAACUACUUCUGGACACGAUGCACAAAACUCAUUUUGGUCACUUUGUUUGCAGUACAUUAUGCUGGAUGCUUCAACUACCUCAUUGCAGAUCUAUAUCCUAAUCGAAGAAAAACAUGGAUUGGAGCUGUGUACCCAAAUUUCAAGGAAGCAAGCUUAUGGAGUAGAUAUGUGACUUCUAUUUACUGGUCAGUUACUACAUUAACAACAACAGGAUAUGGCGACUUACAUGCUGAGAAUCCAAGAGAGAUGUUUUUCAGUGUCUUGUACGUGCUCUUCAACCUCGGUUUCACAUCUUACCUGAUUGGAAAUAUGACCAACCUUGUGGUUCACUGGUCUAGCCACACCAAAACCUUUAGAGAUACUCUUAGAUCUGUUUCAGAGUUUGCAUCAAGAAACCAACUCCCACCAAACAUACAGGACAAGAUGUUAUCACACAUCUCCUUAGAUUUCAAAUCAGAAGGUCUCAAACAAGAAGAGACGCUGAAUGGUUUGCGCAAAGCAACUCGGUCAAGCAUUGCAAACUAUCUCUACCUCCAUAUUGCUCAGAACGUUUACCUCUUCCAAGGAGUUUCUCAUAACUUCCUCUUUCAGUUGGUACAAAAAAAAUUUCAUUUGUCAACUUUUUCUUGUUCAUUUCUUUUCUCUAAUGUGUCAUGUUAUAUUGUUCCAAAAAAGGUUUCAGAUAUCGAUGCUGAGUACUUCCCACCCAGAGAAGAUGUAAUUGUACAGAACGAAUCUCAUACUGAUCUUUACAUUCUUGUCUCAGGGGCAGUGGAAUUUAGUGCUUACAUUGACGGUGAAAAUCAGAUACAAGGGAAAGCAGUUGUUGGAGAUGCAUUUGGAGAGAUUGGUGUUUUAUGCUAUACACCACAACCUUUCACUGUUAGGACAACAGAACUAUGUCAAAUACUACGUGUACACAAAAAAUCUCUCAUUAGUGCUAUGAGAGCUCAUAUUGAAGAUGGACGUACCAUAAAGAACAACCUCUUUAUGAAACUUAGAGGGCAACAGUCAAUAGCAAUUGAUGCUGCAAAAAACCAACCAUACUUCCUCCUCCAUAAGUGGCUUGGUGGUGGUCUAAAGAGAGGUGAAGGAAAUGCAAGUGAUCAAGGAAAAGGACACAAAUAUUUACAACUGGAUGACUCAGAAAACAUUGAUUUGGAAUUAACCAAAUGGAUGGAUUCAAGAAAAGAUGGUUCUAGUGAAACGAGAAGAGGUCAAGAACAUAAGAUAAAGAUAGCGGAAGAGGAAAAACCAAACAAAUAUAUUGAUGAGAAAAGUUUCUCUAAUGCAGAUGUUGCCUCAUUUAAAUUAACAUAUCCACAUUGCAGAUUCAAACCUAGUAAACAAGAACCCGCAAAGCCGGAAGAAAAGAAAGUUACCAUCCACUUGAAGUCACAAGGAAAAUAUUUGCCAAAGCUGAUAUUCUUACCUGAUUCCAAAGUAGAGCUUCUAAGACUUGCAGGUGAGAAAUUUGGAAAACAAAGCUUCACAGUGGUCACCAAUGCGGAAAACGUUGAAAUAGAUGAUGUAGAUGUCAUUAGAGAUGGUGAACAUUUGUUUUUUUACUAUCAAUGAGUACGAAGGUAUUAUCAAAACGAUUCCAACAAUUCAACGCAGUAUGGACCACAUAUUUGACAGAUCGGUCGAGAAUUGUUGUUGGAUCCUUCGGAUUGGGUUCAUCUGGAAGAAUUAACUAGUUGAAAGAACUUUUGUCCGCGUGUGGAAAACCCAAUACAACCUCUGCUUCCAAGUUCCAACUCGUAAGUACCCACGCCCUCUGUUUCCUUUAUUUGUGUAAACGGUCUUUUGUAAUUGGAAAGCAGUACAUCGGAUGGAGCGUCAUAUGACUGUAAUUGGGUAGCAUAACCGGAAGUGUUCCAUCCUUAAAAAAACCCCCAAACUCUUAAACUUCUUGUUUUUUCUUUGGGCUUCUAAAGAUUACAUUGAACUUCUCCUUUUGGACUCUAGUAAA